GCAGGUCUGAAAUGGAGGUGGAGUUUUUGCUUCAACUAAACUUGGAAGAUCCAAGAUCCUACUCCAGCUCUAAGGAGUUUCAAAACCAAAGCUCUGUUGAAGAGUGAGGAAAGCCUUGUCCUUUGGAGCCCAGUGCAAUGUCCAAGUACCUGCAGCAUUUCACUGCUGUGGGUGACCAGCAGAAGGUCCAGUGGGAAGAUGAGGAGCUGCAUACAGUCAGUGAAGACCUGGGUCCGGCCACGGGACAGUUCCCUCCUGCUCUGACCUUCAGGGACUCUCUGAAGAGGCUCUACAGCUCUGAGCGCUUCCAGGUUGCAGUUGUAUGUUUGGUCAUUCUUGAUGCAGUAUUUGUCCUGGCUGAGCUUAUGAUUGAUCUGGCUAUUAUUCAGUUGGAACACGGACACAUUGCUCCUGAGGUGUUUCAUUACCUGAGCCUGGCCCUUCUGACAUUCUUCAUGGUGGAGCUGAUGGGAAAGCUGUACGCCUACCGUCUGGAGUUCUUUCAUCACAAGUUUGAGGUGUUUGACGGACUGGUGGUAGUCGUGUCGUUUGUGCUUGAUGUUGUCUUCAUCUUCAGAGAGGAUGCGUUUGAUGCCAUGGGUCUACUCAUCCUGCUGCGACUGUGGAGAGUGGCCAGAAUAAUCAAUGGUAUUCUGGUGUCAGUGAAGACUCGAGCAGACCAGAGGCUCCACAAACUGAAGGAGAGUUACGACCACCUUGUCCAGCGAGUCACAGAGCUGCAAGCGCGCACUGAUAAACUGGAACAAGAAAAUCAGAAACUUGAAGCUCUCCUGAAAAAACACAACAUAGAUUCCUAGAUGAAGAAUACUUUUGAAGUUACUACUGUUCUUGAGUGUUAUAGACCUGAUUCUUAGCACAUAACAAUGAGAAAUAACAUUUCAUUGUUUUGAGAAAUCAAGUUUCAUUGAAAUUAUUUUUCCAUUAUUGUCUGAUGUGAUUCUGUGUGAUGUUAUAUCAACAUUAACUUGAAUGUUGCAGUGCAUCGGUUAUAUUUGUCUGUAUAUAGUAAAAAAA